CUAUUUACUGCUAUUCACUGACAGCUAUGAAGCAUGGAGUGAGCCGCAGAGGAUACUGAUGGACUCUGGGAAAGGCAGCCAGUGUGUCCCGCCCCCCAGUGCCCGGAGAAGCCUGCAGCGCAGCAGUAUGUGGCGGGACCUUCCCGGCGCAGGCGGAGCACUUUAACGAGAGUGAGAGACCUGACUGCCAGAGAAGAGAGUGAAGAGCGCUGAAAGAGUUAAAGGACUCGGAAUCAGGGACACGGGUUCUGCUGGGAGGGCUACCUUCUGCCCAAGAAGAGGAGCAAAGCAGGGGGGUGAAGAAGCCGAAGCCUCCAGCCAUUCACCAGUGGCCUGUGCAUGGACUGUGUAUCGGGGCAGACACUUUGGGCUGGAGGAGAUACCUAUCUGACCUGUCUGAUUCAUUAGACCUCCUAGGCAAAAGAAGCCCCCCCCAGCAGGGACCUCUGUGCCUCACAGGCCCUGAGAGGAGCAUGGCAGCCUGACCCAUCAUGCCCAGCCGGACCGCUUACAGUGCUGGUCUGCUCCCUGUGUCCGCCACCCAUGCCCAUACGCCCACCUAUGCCCCCAUCACCCUUCUGUGCCUGCUUCUGCUGCUGAGAAUCAGCACCACCUCCGGGGUCCUGUUGGGUGCCAGCGUGGGGCACAAGCCGCAGGGUAUGGCGGGCCAUCUUCCCUGGGCACAGGGGCGCCAGACCCGCAGCUACGGCCACCUGGAAGGGGAGACGCGGCUGCGGAGGCUCUACUCGGCCACGCGCUUCUUCCUGAACAUCGACACCAAGGGACGGGUCAGCGGCACCCGGAAGAACAACCACACUGACUGCCUGAUGGAAAUCCGAUCCGUCAGCACAGGAGUCGUCGUCAUCAGAUCUGUCAGCACGGGGCUGUAUCUGGCCAUGUCCAAAAGAGGGGAUCUCUACGGGUCGGUGGCAUACACUGCAGCGGAAUGCCAGUUCCGGGAACGCAUUGAGGAGAACGGCUACAACACGUACGCGGCCCGUCAAUGGAGCCUCAAAGGACGCCCGAUGUUUGUGUCGCUGGGGACUCGGGGGAAACCCCGGAGCGGCCGCAAGGCCCGCCGUCGCCACCGGUCUACCCACUUCCUGCCCAUGCCGCCCAUAUAAGGAAACGGCGACCCCAGCUGCAGCAUGACUGCCGCCAACAGCAUGACUGUAAACUAAUAAGACUAAAAAUCAGUCUCUGUGUUUUUUUUUCCCAGAAGGGGGAGUGCGCAGAAGGGGGGGAGACACGUGUAUUUAUUCAUUUUUAAGCUGCUAAAAGUUCAUAGAUGAAUACUGAUGCUGAUGUUGUUACAGAAAGGGUGGUUUGAAUUAAAGUCUCACCAUUAUGCAGCAAGGCACUGCAUAUAAUUCAAUUUCAACUUAUUUCUUUCUGUUCUUGCAAGAACCUUAAAAUUAUGUACUGGACGUGGAGACUUUAGGGGCUGGGGUGCCAGUUUGAACAUCAUCAGUAUCAGCACAAGAGAACAGUGAGCUGUCCCUCAGCAUUGCCUAAACCAAAACAAGCUCAAUUCAUUACGCAGGCUCAGCCUGCAGCACCAUCUUUUGGCUGCUUGUCUGGUUACUAGGCAACACCUUUCCUGACUCACUCUGUCCCCCUGUUAAAUUACACAUCACUGUUUUUAGUCGUUUUUGCCAAAGCACUGUCAGAAAAGUUUUUGUAUGUUGGUUUGCUUAAUAAAACAUCUGGUAAUGGAA